AUGCUCAAUAAAUAUUAUCACCUAGGCGAGCCGAGUGCCGGCGAGCGCGGCCGAGACGCCGGUCACACGCACGACGCUCUCUAUCAGCGUCUCCCUCCCGCCUCAGACCGCGGCCGGGCGCCCGCCGCCGCCGGAAUUCGCGCGACGCGCCUCCACUCGCGACGUAGUUCAGUGUACGUGCGACCGUUCGCGGCCGACGACGACACGCAGUAUACGUGCACCGCUCACUCUAAUACGCAAGCCGAUAAGGAGAAGAUAGAUAACCCCUACGGAUCGCGGCUCGAGUCCGGCGACGUUCUGGAAAUAGAAAGAAAUAUAGAAAGCGAUCAGAAAGGAGGGCGGGCUGAGAUGCUAAACGGCUGUGGUGUCGGCACACGGUGCGGCGGGUUUCAGAGUCCGUGGUCUUCGCAGACCGGGCUGACGGAGCUAGAGGGCACGAUGGGAGAGUUGGAGCCGCUGGGCGAGCUCACGGAAGUAGGUUUCGAGCCGCAGACACGCGCGCGGUCUAACACGUGGCCACUGCCGAGGCCCGAGAACUACGUGGACCCCGCAGAAGACGCGGGCUCCAAGAAGAGCUCCAACCAGAAUCUGUCCGGUGCUCCACCACUCCCAUCCACGGCUGUCACAGCCAAGAAAAACUCGUCCCGUCGGAACGCAUGGGGCAACCUAUCUUACGCAGAUCUCAUCACUCAGGCCAUCACCUCGGCGCAGGACAGCCGGCUCACCCUGUCCCAGAUCUACGAGUGGAUGGUCCAGAACGUGCCAUACUUUAAGGAUAAGGGCGACAGCAACUCUUCUGCUGGAUGGAAGAAUUCGAUUCGACACAACCUGUCGCUUCACAACCGGUUCAUGCGGGUGCAGAACGAGGGAACAGGGAAGUCGUCCUGGUGGAUGAUAAACCCUGACGCGAAACCGGGCAAGUCAGUCAGGAGACGAGCAGCUUCCAUGGAAACCUCCAAGUUUGAAAAACGAAGAGGACGAGUCAAAAAGAAGGCGGAAGCUUUACGGAAUGGAGUAACAGCUGACGCAACUCCAAGCCCCAGCAGUUCAGUCUCAGAAAGUCUCGAUAUGUUCCCUGAAUCACCUCUUCAUAGAUACGUACCGACGACGUCUUCGUCGUCAUCCGGCGGCAGUUAUCGGUACACGUACGGCGGUUGCCCGCGACACCCGCACGGGGGUUGCGCGUGCGCGUCGCUGUACUCGCACCCCGCGCAUCCCGCUCACCCGACGCAUCCGCACCAGCACGCGCUCGACCACUUCGUGCGGCCGCCUCCACCGGCGGACCCAGCUGACAUCAUGCAAACAGAAAACAGUCAGACGCAAAUAGUGACGACAUCAGAUGCGGCGCUAAUGAAUGGAGGACUAAUGGUGCAGGCUGGUGCCAUGGGCCCCACUACGGUAAUGGGACAAAUAAUGGGAGCUCUGAAUACAGGUCUAGCGGAGGAUUUGAAUAUAGAAGCUUUAGAACAUGGAUUUGACUGCAACGUAGAUGAGGUCAUAAAGCACGAGCUGAGCAUGGAUGGCUCCUUAGACUUCAACUUCCCGCAGCAGCACACAGCCAUGGCGGCCGAAGCUGAGAGCCACUUCGCUGCGCCCGCGCCGCCAGUCCCUACCACUCUCUCGGGGGGAGGUGCUCCCCGCACCUCCUACUCCGCCGCCCCCUCUUGGGUCCACUGAACUAAACCCCGCACACUUUUGGACUCGAUACCUAAUUACAGGUUGUCAAAAUCGACGCGACUUUCCUAAUGUAAAUAGUGACGCGAACUUACUGUUUAAGAUUAUAAAUUUUUAUUUUGUUUUUUGUUAUGUACCUACC